CCAGUCCAGCUGACGUGGAAGGUUGCUCAUUUUAUCCAGAAAAAAAGGACAUAACUUUAAAGCUUAUUUUAUGUUAGAUUAGCUACUCAGAGAGGAAUUAAGUAGCUAUGACUUACCGCCUGUUUGAAGGCAAAGAGCAUACUUCUUCCUACUGGAAAUACAGGAUCUCUCCAUCCCAUCAUCUCAUACAGCAGGUGCUUGACUUCCUGGAAAAACAGAAAGGGGGUCCCUAUGAGUUGGCUGUGGAUGUGGGUUGCGGCUCAGGACAGGGCACAGUGCUGCUGUCCAAACACUUUGCCUCCGUGGUGGGGACUGACGUUAGUCCUGCCCAGAUAGAAAUGGCAUUGCAGCAUGCCAAGGAACCAAAUGUUACAUAUCGACAUUGUGUGGCGGAGGAGCUGCCAUUUGCUGACGGCUCAGUGGAUUUGAUGACAGCCAUGUCUGCCUUCCACUGGUUUGACCGACCACGCUUUCUCAAGGAGGCCCACAGAGUCCUGAAGCCCCGUGGCUGCUUGGCGCUGCUUAACUACACCAUUGACAUGGAGCUCAGCCACCCUGACUGCUGCUCACAGACACUCAACGAUGUCUGCAAAGAGUUUUAUGAAGCCUUGAAACCUUACCGCAGUCCUCACCUUGGAGUCAGCUCUAUUGAGUUAUACAGAGAGGCCUACAACUCAAUCCCUUACCCUGACAAGGAGUGGCAGGAGUGUGUGUGGGUGAAAAGGCCCAUGCCUCUCUCCAGCUACAUGGGGCUGGUAGAGUCGUUCUCCAGCUAUCAGCGUCUGCUGAGAGAAGACCCACAGAAAGCCACCGAGCUCUCCAGGGACAUCUGUCAAAAGUUGAUGUCGGUGAUGAGGGUGACCUCUGAGGACACAGAGGUGGUGUUGGCAGUGAAGUAUUUCUACCUUCUGGCCAGCAAACCACAGGAAGCCUGACUCAUUGUUUGUUUGUAUUUAAACUAAAAAACAAGACAAAGUAGUGCUGUGGAUGUCUGUUACUGUACUGAUGUAGAAACUUGAACUCUGUUUUGCCACUAAAUACCAGUUUUGAAAAAAAGAAAAGACAAACUCUGACAUUUUGGAAAGUACUGUUAUUUACUUUUUUAUUGAGAGAGAGAGGGGGGGGGGGGGGGGGGGGGGGAGAGAUCUGAGAAUAUGGAAGGUACCAUGUCUGUAUGGAGCUGCUCGUGCCAGA